AAUGUAUUAUGAUUGUUUUAUGCAUUGACAGAAUUACUGGGACUUUUUUUGCCCUGUAAUUCUCUGGGAGGUAAAUUAAGUCUUUAUUAAUUUUUAUAGAUACACGAGUGCCAUCUCAUUUGAAUUCUCAUCUAUAAUUUUAAAAUAUAGAUUCACUAUAUUUAUCCAGAGCGUUCCCUGCACUUUUUCUUUUUUUAGGCUUUGUGUCUGCUCUCUUGAUUAGAGCCUCUGCUCCAAAGAAGCCCAUCCUUGACAGGGAGAAAGGAAGCAAAAGCUUUUGGUCAUUCUUAAUUUUUAUUUCCAGUUAUGUCAAACUUCCUCCUAAUCCAGAAGGAUUUGUUCAGUACCCAUUUUUCAGUCUUCAAAAUCCUUGUCUCUGUCACUUCUCUGGUUGUUUCCAGGUUGAGCACAGCAGGGUCUGGCUCCUGGGCUGGCCUGUGCUUGCCACGGCACCCAGGGAGUUCUCAAGCAGGCAGUGAUAAACUCCUGGGAAAUUUCAUGUAGCCAAAUCAGUAAGUAGAUCUGAGACUCUUGCAUUUGCUACUAUAGUCUAUAAAAAUCAGCUUCUGUAUAAUUUGGGGUUUUCUGUAUUCUUCCUUCAGAGAAUCCUCAUCUGCAUCUUCCUGAGCUGUAAACUCUGGAAUUUAAUCUGCUCAACCAUACUUCAAGACAGAUUCAAACCAGUGUAACUUGCAGUAGCAAAGAGGACAGAAGAUGAUCCCCAGCACCUCCCUCUGCUCUGCUGGGCUCUGUGCAUAGGCUCUGCCAUUCUUGCAGCCAUGCAUCACAGCUGCCUGCAGAUCACAUCUGCCUGAUGAUUUCCACUGCAGCUUGGGCACUCAAGGCAGGAAUAUGAGCUGCGAGGAACAGACACCUUCUGAACUUCGGUGCACGCUGCGAGCCUUUCUUAUUUGCUGCAACAAGAAAAGCCUUUUAUUUUAACCCGCUUUCCUUUGAAGAAGUAACUCAGGAAGCUUCAUGGCUUCUCAAGAAUCUCAGGGACAAACCAAACUAAUCUUUAAGGAUUACCUCCCUGGCUCUUCUGACAUUCCUCAACAGAAUACUCCUGUUGAACCAACAAGUCUCUGGAAGCAAACAUCACACACUCAUAAUUUGCCACCUGGUCUGGAGUACCUGAACCAGCUGGACCGGAUAAUUAUUCAUCAGCAAGUGGAGCUUCUGGAAGCCAUACUUGGCACAGAGACCUCCAGCAAAUAUGAGAUAAAAAACCCCUUGGGACAAAGAGUUUACUUUGCGGUGGAAGAGAACGGCUGCUUUGACCGCAAGCUGUGCUCGCCCAUCAGGGCGUUCACCAUCAGGAUCGCGGAUAACGCGGGCCGCGAGGUGAUCCGAGUCAUCCGACCCCUGAGGUGCAACAGCUGCUGCUUCCCCUGCUUCCUGCAGCAGUUAGAAGUUCAGUCCCCACCAGGUACAGUAGCUGGGUACGUUGUACAGAAUUGGGACCCUUUUCUGCCAAAGUUUACUAUACAGAAUGAAAGUAAAGAAGAUGUGCUAAAGAUAAUUGGCCCAUAUGCAACCUGUGGCUGUUUUGAAGAUGUUGACUUUGAGGUAAAAGCUCUCAAUGAGAUGACAACGAUCGGCAAAAUUUCCAAGUAUUGGUCUGGAUUUGUCAACAAUGUCUUCACCAACACCGCCAACUUUGGGAUCCAGGUCCCUGUGGAUCUCGACGUGAGGAUCAAGGCAGUCAUGAUUGGUGCUUGUUUCCUCAUUGACUUAAUGUUCUUUGAAAAUUCUUUGGAUGGAUUAUAACAAGAUGACAGAAACAAUGAAAUAUGCAGAAUGUGUUUCAGUAGAAAUCGCUUGAGCUUUGGACAUGAUUUUGAACUGUAAAAAUUCUUGUUCCUUAUAUGAAAAGACAGGGAGCUAAUUAUGAUGUUUAUUAAAAAAUGUCUCAUGUAAA